AAGUGACUCUGCGGCGCCCGGACGCUGCUCUGGGAGCCAAUCAGAGGGCGUGACGUCAGUUUGGCGGGGAGUUUGGUGGCCGGGGCUUACAGUGGCGGGAGUUGGAGGCUAUAACUAGUCCUCUUCUGAGAGACGCGAGUUGCGACUUCUGCUGAACCUGGGGGGCAAUUUCAGGGCUUUUCCCUCUGUUGAGCCUUUUCCUCUGGUCCAGAUGCUCUUCAAUUCGGUGCUCCGUCAGCCCCAGUUUGGCGUCCCGAGAAAUGGUUGGCCUUCACAGUACCCUCUCCAGUCCCUUCUAACUAGUUAUCAGUGCAACUCUAAUGAUGAACACACUUCUUAUGGAGAAACAGGAGUCCCAGUUCCUCCUUUUGGAUGCACCUUCUCUUCUGCUCCCAAUAUGAAGCAUAUACUAGCAGUUGCCAAUGAAGAAGGCUUUGUUAGAUUAUAUAACACAGAAUCACAAACCUAUAGAAAGAAGUGUGUCAAAGAAUGGAUGGCUCACUGGAAUGCUGUCUUUGACCUGGCCUGGGUCCCUGGUGAACCUAAACUUGUUACAGCAGCAGGUGAUCAAUCAGCCAAAUUUUGGGAUGUAAAAGCUGGUGAGCUUCUUGGAACAUGCAAAGGUCAUCAGUGCAGCCUUAAGUCAGUUGCCUUUUCUAAGUUUGAGAAAGCUGUCUUCUGUACAGGUGGGAGAGAUGGCAACAUUAUGGUUUGGGACACCAGGUGCAACAAAAAAGAUGGAUUUUAUAGGCAAGUGAAUCAAAUCAGUGGAGCUCAUAAUACCUUAGACAAGCAAACCCCUUCAAAACCUAAGAAGAAACAGAAUUCAAAAGGACUUGCUCCUUCUGUGGAUUUCCAACAGAGUGUUACUGUGGUCCUUUUUCAAGAUGAGAAUACAUUAGUCUCAGCAGGAGCCGUGGAUGGGGUAAUCAAAAUAUGGGAUUUACGUAAAAAUUAUACUGCUUAUCGACAAGAACCCAUAGCAUCCAAGUCUUUCCUAUACCCAGGUAGCAGCAGCCGAAAACUAGGAUAUUCAAGUCUGAUUCUGGAUUCCACAGGCUCUACUUUAUUUGCUAACUGCACAGAUGACAACAUCUACAUGUUCAAUAUGACUGGAUUAAAGACUUCUCCAGUGGCUACCUUCAAUGGACAUCAGAACUCUACCUUUUAUGUUAAAUCCAGUCUUAGUCCAGAUGACCAGUUUUUAAUCAGUGGCUCAAGUGAUGAAGCUGCCUACAUCUGGAAGGUCUCCACACCCUGGCAUCCUCCUGCUGUGCUCCUGGGUCAUUCGCAGGAGGUCACAUCUGUGUGCUGGUGUCCGUCAGAUUUCACAAAGAUUGCUACCUGCUCUGAUGACAAUACACUGAAAAUCUGGCGCUUGAAUAGAGGCUUAGAGGAGAAAUCAGGAGAUAAACUCUCCAUAGUCGGUUGGGCCUCUCAGAAGAAAAAAGAGGCAAGAGCUGACCCAGUAACAGUGACAAGUAGCCAGAGUACUCCUGCCAAAGCCCCCCGAGUCAAAAGCAGUCCAUCUAUUUCCUCCCCUUCCUCAGCAGCUUGUGCUCCAAGCUGUGCUGGAGACCUGCCUCUUCCUUCAAAUACUCCUACGUUCUCUAUUAAAACCCCUCCUGCCAAGGCCCGCUCUCCCAUCAGCAGACGAGGCUCCGUCUCCUCUGUCUCUCCCAAGCCACCCUCAUCUUUCAAGAUGUCCAUUAGAAACUGGGUGACCCAAACACCUUCCUCAUCACCACCCAUCACUCCACCUGCUUCCGAGAUCAAGAUCGUAUCUCCAAGAAAAGCCCUCAUUCCUGUGAGCCUGAAGUCAUCCCAAGCCAUGGCUUGCUCCGAGUCUAGAAAUAGAGUCAAGAGGAGGCUAGACUCGAGCUGUCUGGAGAAUGUGAAACAGAAGUGUGUGAAGAGUUGCAGCUGUGUCACUGAGCUGGAUGACCCAGUUGAAAAGCUUCAUUUGGAUCUGUGCUGUCUGACUGCUAAUCAGGAAGACCUUGGGAAGGACGCCGGAGGCCCUACCAAACCAAGCAAGAUUGAAGGCGCCAGCAUGAGUGUCUCGGAGCCCCCUUCUCCUGCCAGUCCUUACGCUUCAGAAGGCUGUGGAACACUACCUCUUCCUCUGGGAUCUUGCGGAGAAGGGUCUGAAGUGGUCGGCAAAGAGAACAGCUCUCCAGAGAAUAAAAACUGGUUAUUGGCCAUGGCAGCCAAACGGAAGGCUGAGAACCCAUCUCCACGGAGUCCGUCAUCCCAGACCCCCAAUCCUAGGAGACAGAGCGGGAAGACUUCCCCGGGCCCGGUCACUAUUACUACCAGCUCCAUGAGGAAAAUUUGUACAUACUUCCAUAGAAAGUCCCAGGAUGACUACUGUAGUCCUGAACAGUCAACAGAAUUAUAGAUCUAAUCUGAGUAAGUUAACUGAACUUUGGCCCAUUAAAACACGAUAAAAAUAUAACAGAGUGACUCUAUAACUCUGGUCUUUAAGAAAGCUACCUUUUUUUUUUUUUAGAGACAAUCCUUUCUACUCUGAAAUUUACCUAGCCUGGUUCAACUAUCAUAGUAUAUCCACAGCUUCCUCGGGAUGAAUGCUGUAUUUAAAUUCCAUAAAGCAAAUUGUCACUCUGUAACAUGUUGAAUAAGUAGUCUUCACUUUUUAAGCUGUGCAUCUUCUCUGCAAUAAUGACAUCCCAGCUCAUGGAGGCCAAAAACGAGGCUUGUCUCCUGUUACUCUGAGACUUUCUGUGCACAGUGUGACGUAUGGGCUGGCUGCAGCAGGGCCUGUCCAAAGGCCAACUGCCGAAGAAGACGCCUGCUGCAGACUCCUGCAGCUGUGCUGCCUCAGACACGUGAUUUCAUUUAAAAUAUAUAAUCUUUUCACUAU